ACACUCCACUACAUCUGUGAGCCUAUUCAUUUUUCAUGCAGCAUGUUUUAUUAGUUUUGGAUGGUGCAGUUGUUUCCAGUGGAUGGCAGCAGCGAGGAGGGCUGCUGGUUGUUGUUGAUGCUGAGGAAGCUUCUCCUCCACUUCUGCAUCUGAGAGGAGGAGAGACAGGCACCGACUUCCUGUGAGAUCUGUGUUCAGCUGCCUAGCUGCCUCUCCGGGAGGCUUGUGGCUGUGCAGACCGGGGAGGAGGGAGGCUUCUGUGGGUGGUGUAUGGCUGGGAAAGGCGCAGGGGACCUCCGUGCAACAGAACCGGCGGCAGCAGCAGCAGCAGUAGCGGCCAUAAAUGUGGAUUGUUUACACCGGUGGGUCAAGCUCCCGUUCCUGCUUCCCCGCCUCCCCGCGACUCCGAGCGGCCGCCUCGGCUCGGCAGCGUCGCCGCACAUAGCGUCAGUGGAGCGGGGCUGAUGGCCCUGGUGCUCGGCCGGGCCUUCAUCAUCAUCAUCACCACCACCACCACCACCACCAUCAUCACCCGCCUGUGUGUGUGCUAAGUGAGCUACGAGAGGCCGGAUACAUUAGUGAAGCGAAGAAGCGGAGAGCGGGGAGCAGCAGAGGAGGAGCCCGGGUUGGGGCGCAGCAUCGCACCGUGCAUGGUGCUGCGGUGUCGGAGGGAGUGGAUGAGCAGCCGGAGCUGACCCAGAGAUGGCUGUCCUCAAACUGGCCGACCAGCCUCCUCUCAUCCAGGCGAUCUUCAGUGGAGACCCUGAGGAGAUCCGCAUGCUCAUAUACAAGUCUGAAGACAUCAAUGCUCUGGAUACAGAGAAGCGCACUCCGCUGCACGCAGCGGCCUUCCUGGGUGAUGCCGAGAUCACCGAGCUCCUCAUCCUCUCCGGGGCACGGGUCAACGCCAAAGAUAAUAUGUGGCUCACCCCUCUCCAUCGCGCCGUGGCAUCUCGCAGCGAAGAGGCGGUGCGAGUUCUGAUCCGCCACUCGGCUGACGUGAACGCCCGAGACAAGAACUGGCAGACGCCGCUGCACGUCGCUGCGGCCAAUAACGCGCUGCGAUGCGCCGAGGUCAUCAUCCCGCUGCUGAGUAGUGUCAACGUGUCGGACCGCGGCGGACGCACCGCCCUGCACCACGCUGCCCUCAACGGCCACACCGAGAUGGUAAACCUCCUCCUCACUAAAGGAGCCAACAUCAAUGCCUUUGAUAAGAAGGACGGCCGGGCGCUGCACUGGGCAGCUUUCAUGGGUCAUCUGGAUGUGGUUUGUCUGCUGGUGAGUCAGGGGGCGGAGAUCAGCUGUAAAGACAAACGGGGAUACACUCCCCUCCACACGGCGGCCUCCAGCGGACAGAUUGCUGUGGUCAAACACCUGCUCAACCUGGCUGUGGAGAUAGACGAGUCCAAUGCGUUCGGGAACACGGCGCUCCACGUGGCCUGUUUUAACGGUCAGGACGCCGUCGUCAGCGAGCUGAUCGAUUACGGCGCCAACGUCAGCCAGCCCAACAACAAGGGCUUCACCCCGCUGCACUUUGCUGCUGCCUCCACACACGGAGCGCUCUGCCUGGAGUUCUUGGUCAACAACGGGGCUGACGUCAACGUACAGAGUCGGGACGGGAAGAGUCCUCUUCACAUGACGGCGGUUCACGGACGCUUCACUCGCUCCCAGACCCUCAUCCAGAACGGUGGGGAGAUCGACAGUGUGGACAAAGAUGGUAACACCCCUCUUCACAUUGCUGCCCGCUAUGGUCAUGAACUCCUCAUCAACACGCUCAUCACCAGUGGGGCAGACUGCACAAGGCGAGGAGUCCACGGCAUGUUCCCUCUCCACCUGGCUGCUUUGAACGCUCACUCCGACUGCUGCCGGAAGCUGCUGUCCUCAGGUCGGAGGUUUAGCAUAAUGUGUAACGACUCGGUCCUGUCUGCAGGCUUCCAGAUAGACACCCCUGACACUCUGGGGAGGACCUGCCUGCACGCUGCUGCCGCCGGAGGUAAUGUGGAGUGUGUCAAGUUGCUCCUGAGCAGUGGAGGAGACCACAACAGGAGAGACAACUGCGGCAGGACUCCCCUCCACUACGCGGCCGCCAGCCGUCACUAUCAGUGUCUGGAGACUCUGGUGGCUUGUGGCACCGCCAUCAACGCCACCGACCAGUGGGGGCGCUCUCCCCUGCACUACGCUGCUGCCUCAGACCUGGACAGGAGGCGUCGUGUUGCUCUGGAGCCGGAGAGUGAAGGAGUUCAGGCGGAGAGAGAGAAAGAGGCAGCGCUAUGUUUGGAGUUUCUGCUUCAGAGCGGAGCGACGGCGUCGCUGAAGGACAAACAGGGCUACAGUCCCGUCCACUACGCCGCCGCCUACGGACACAGGCACUGUCUGGAGCUGCUGCUGCACAGAGACGACUGUCACCAUGACGACCCUGAAUCUCCGAACGCCAGAAGCCCGCUGCAUCUCGCUGCGUACCACGGCCACGCUCAGGCCCUGGAGGUGCUGCUGCAGGGGGAGAGGGAGGUGGACCAGGGGGACGAGGUGGGGAGGACCCCCCUGGCUCUGGCUGCGCUUCGGGGCCACGCUGACUGUGUUCACACCCUCCUCAGCCAGGGGGCGUCGUCGCGCUCCACCGACACGCAGCACGGACGCACCCCCGUGCACCUGGCAGUGAUGAACGGUCAUACGACGUGUGUGCGCCUCCUGCUGGAUGAAUCAGAGGCUGCAGAUCUCGUGGACGCUGCUGACUCUCAGGGACAGACUCCUCUGAUGCUGGCGGUGGCUGGAGGUCACGUCGACGCCGUGUCGCUGCUGCUGGAGAGGGAAGCCAACGUCAACAUGGCCGAUAACCACGGCCUCACUGCGCUGCACCUCGGGCUGCUGUGUGGUCAGGAGGAGUGUAUUCAGUGUCUGUUGGAGCAGGAAGCCUCGGUUUUGCUCGGCGACUCUCGGGGUCGUACGGCCAUCCACCUGGCUGCUGCCCGAGGCCACGCCUCCUGGCUGAGCGAGCUGCUGAGCAUCGCCUGCUCUGAGCCGCCAUCCCUGCCGCCGCUGAGGGACCAAAGCGGAUACACACCGCUGCACUGGGCCUGUUACUAUGGUCAGGAGGGGUGUGUCGAGGUCCUGCUGGAGCAGAAAGGUUGUCGCUGUAUUGACGGGAACCCCUUCACCCCUCUGCACUGUGCUGUGGUGAAUGAUCACGAGUCCUGUGCAUCUCUGCUGCUGGAGGCGAUGGGAUCAGACAUCGCUGGCUGCAAGGACGCAAAGGGCAGGACUCCUCUUCAUGGUGCGGCGUUCGCGGGCCACGUCGACUGUGUCCAGCUGCUCCUUUCACAUGAUGCACCUGUUGAUGCUGUGGACCAAUCAGGUCACACUCCACUGAUGAUGGCUGCUGAGAAGGGCAGAGUCGGGGCUCUCGAGCUGCUGUUGACCAGCGCCAACGCCAACCUCAGUUUGACAGACAAAGAUGGCAACACCGCCCUGCAUCUAUCCUGCAGUAAUGGAAAAGAAGACUGUGUGUUGUUGAUCCUGGAGAAACUGUCUGACACUGCGCUCAUAAACGCCACAAAUGCAGCGCUGCAGACUCCUCUCCACCUGGCAGCUCGCAGCGGUCUGAAGCAGGCGGUCCAGGAGCUGCUGUCCCGAGGAGCCAACGUUCAGACGGUGGAUGAGAACGGUCUGACCCCUGCUCUGGCUUGUGCUCCUAGCAGAGAGGUGGCUGACUGUCUGGCUCUCAUUCUGGCUACCAUGAUGCCUUUCUGCUCCCCUUGCAGCUCCGGGGCUCCCUCCCCAGGCUCCCUGCUGAGGCAGCUGCCCCACCAGGGGGGUAAAGGCCCGGGCACCGGCCCUCGGGGGCCACGCAGCCCCAGGAACCCCUCCGGACCCUCCAGCGAGGGAACCACCGAGAACGACUCGGAGGACUCGGAAACCUUCUGACCGACUCUCUACCCUCCCACCUCCGACUGUGCGCCUGAACUUUUAACUUCCCCUCCUCCCCCCGGAGCGACGCAGGGUUCCUGCUCUGUGAGGUGCACUCUUCAGGUGGAGGUGUAGAGACUUGGUCGUGACGCAGCGUGGAUGUUUGCAGUGAUGGAGCCAAGUGUUCAAUAUCAAAUAAAUAAAUCAAUCAUCACAUCAAUAAACUACAGAAAAUAUAGAAACAAAACAAUAAUUAGUAAAAAUAAUUUUCUGUAAUUACUGCUCGUCAAUGUUCACGUCAACAUCAAAGUCGUAAUUACAACUGAGGAAAUUCAAAUUUUUCGGAAAGCUCCGGUUUAUCCGGCUUAAAAUAGUGCGGAAGUCUGUUGAAGGAAAUUAAAUUGUACUUAAAAGUAUUUCAUAGAUACAGUGCUGCAGUGAAUAAGUGGGAUAUGUUAACACUCACGUCUAAAUCUGCAGUAAAAUUAACUUAAGAUUAUUACUUUGUUCAAAUGACACUCCUGCAGUGUAAAACAUUUAUAAUGUAAUGUUGAGUUUUUAUAAUUUCUUGUUCUAUAUAUUUUCAGUGGUGGUGAAAAUAUUCAGAUUCUUUAAAGUACUAAUACCACAAAGUAAAAAUCCUGCAUUGAAUAUGUUACUUUAGUAAGUAUGUAAGUAUAAUAAGAAAUAUGUACUUAAAGAAUUAUAAGUAUUCAAUGCAGAAAAAUGGCCCUACUAUUAUUACAUCAUUAUUAUGGAUCAUUAUUACCACUAACGCAUCAAUGUAAAAGUGUAUUACUGUUGUAGUUGGUUCAAACUAAUUUUUUUUCCCCUUUUAUAGAUUAAACUUCUGAUUAUUUUCUCAAUUAAUUGUUUGAUUGAUUGUUUGGUUUAAUUUUGAAAAUACUGAGAAUCACAACAAGCCAUAGAACCCAAUGCUUGUUUUAAAAAAUAAAAUAAAAUAAAGAAAAUAACUUGCAGGAAAUCUUCACAUUUGAGAAACUUGAACCAUGAAGAUAGUUGUUGGUAGUUUAUAACAAAGCUUCAUAUUUUAUAAGAUCUAAAUGAACUAAAGCUGCCAAAUAAAUUUACAAUAUUUCCCUCUGUUGUACACGAAUAAAUAUUCUUAGUUACAUUCCACCACUUUUAAUUUAUUUAUGUGAUUAUUUCUUUUUUAGUUAUUUAAUAUUGAACAUCUGUGGCUCCGCACCGUCUUCAUGUGGGAACAUGUACAGAAUCUCCCUCCUCUGACUCCAGGCUGGAGGCUCCGAGCUCUUUCCAAAAAAACAAA